GAGAGAGAGAGAAAGGGGGGGUAGAGAGAGAGGGGAAAAUCUGGACGGGGAGCAAGCUGAGCAAGCGAGGGAGCGUAAUUUUUGCCUGCUUCGGUUGUUUCCCCGUUCGCUCCGUGUGUUUAUGUAAUAAGAGCUGGCGUUUGCAGCAUUUCCGUCAAAUACACGAGAACUUGUUUUUGAUUCUCUGGCCAUGUAAAACUACGACUGUUCGGCGAUCAACUGCACUGCCCUAUCUUCCAGACGUGAGUGCAUCUGAGAUCGCUGACGGACGCCUUUCGAAAGUGUUUCCCGUUACUACCGCAACUUUGUCGGGGACGUAUUUUUAACUGGCAAGCAGCGUGAUCAGUUGUCAGGCGCGACGGAGACGCGUGGACCAAGUGAACGCUUUGGCACGGCGACAAGGGCGAAUGCUAGCUAGCAGCUAGCAUCACGGAAACAAUCCCGAGUUGACGUCGGAUACGUCUAGGAAGUCGGAAAAUCUUGACUGCGUGCCGAAAUUGACUUUCCCGAGUUUGUGACUUCCCUCGACUGUUCUACGUAGUGUGCUGUUGAUUGAGCUUAUGAAUUUCGUGUUCCAAGAUGGAAAGCUGGCCCCUGAACGUCAUGACAAGCCGUCGCAAUGCUUGGCUGGAGGCAAUGUUGGAGUACGUGUUCGUCAAGAGACAAGUGCCGUCGGAUGUCCAAGAAAAAACCCUUCUCAAACUUGAAAACUUGGAUGACUUCAUUGACUCCGAGCUGGAGAACAUCUCAAAAGGCCAAGUCACCGAAACUGACUUCGGCCGUUUGGGCGACCAUCACGUGACCUUUGACAUCUGCACCAAUGUUGGGACUUUCAUUGUCGACAAGGACAGGCUUGGCGUUUCGAGCCAGAGCAACUUCAACACAAUACGAGGAACCUGCUGCGUGUUCAAAGGAAAGUGGCAAUACGAGCUGAUGCUUGGAUCGAAAGGCGUCAUGCAGGUCGGCUGGGUCACCAGCAACUGCAAGUUUUCUCAGGAGAAAGGCGUCGGCGAUACUCAGGAUUCAUACGCCUACGAUGGAAACCGUGUUCGCAAAUGGAACGUCUCGACAUACAAAUAUGGCGAGCCUUGGCUGGCAGGCGACGUCAUUGGCUGCUGCCUUGACCUGGAUGAGGGGACCGUCCAUUUCUACAGGAACGGGCGCUCGCUGGGCGUGGCCUUCGAUAGGGUGCGGGCGGGCCCCGGCCUGGUGUACUUCCCAGCCGUGAGCCUGGCCUUUGGAGAGAACUUGGUGGCCAACUUUGGUGCCACCCCGCUGCGCCACCCGGUGGAGGGCCACCGGCCGCUCGAGAAGCUCGACCCCCGAGAGGCCGAGCGGGCCUGGACCCUCGUGCGCUGGGUCAAGAGGCUGCUGCCCGUCUACGAGGAGGUGCAGAAGGGUGCAGUCCCUUCGCAGUACCUCACCGACGGCCUGGACGUCUUUCGACAGGGAACCAAGGCGCAAGCACUGCUUCUGGCCGCACCCGUCCUCAGGCGCCUGGGCCCACUCUUGGCAUCUAGUCACGUCACUGAGGUGUCGGUGCUGCCGUUCCUCUUCCAAGUCCUCGACGAGAAUCCCGAUGGCGGAGGCGUCUCGGUGCUCCUCGAGCUCUUCUGGGCGCUGCUCGAGCCCCUGGAGGUCCAGCGGUGUCUCCAGAAUGUGGCGGUGGCCCUCCUGUCGGGGUUCCGCUUCUCGCCGUGCACCCCGGACCUGCACCACCAGAAGCGCCACCUAUCCCUGUUCCUAAGCGUUGUGCGGCACGACUCGUCACGGCGCUACCUCCUCGAAAACGUCCUAUUCGACAAGAUCAAGUUCCCUCUGUUCAUGGACGUGAAGCCUCCGGACAACGAGACUUUGGCGACGGUCGUGCACGACGUCUGGUUCGAGCUCAUGGAAGAGGCACACCCAACGGAGGAAGCCUACAAGAAGUCGCUGUACGCAGCCUCCAAGCAGAAGCUGAAGUCGGUGGCGUUGGAGCUCGAAAGUUUGCAGCUUAGGAUCUUGGAGCAGCUCACUACGGAUGACGAUGCACCUCAGGGCCAGACAAGUAGGGAUACUUUCCUCGCGAAAUUCGAGGACUUUAUCAAAGAGAAUUCGCCCGGGAGCAGGACGGUGACCCUGGACCUAUGUCCGCCGUCGGUGGCACUCAACUUCUUCCACCGGCUGGUGGCACUCCUACGCCAGUGUCUUCCCGUCCUUCAUGCGGCCAGCGGCAAACUCCUGCAAGCUCACAGUCUGUACAUUCCGGGCGACGUGUUUCUGAGCGACAUCGGCGUCCGUGGCGAAGUGUCCCGGGUGGGCGACUUUCCGGAACUCCCUUACGACAUCGCAUCCAACCAGCAGUCGAACCGCCCCGACGAAGGCCACAAGGCGUCGGUGGAGCUGUCGAGCGGCACGCCGAACGCAUUCGACAAGGACCGUGCGAGCACCAAGGUGUUCCGACUCCUAGACGGAAUCGUCCGCCUCUACUAUCUCUGCAGCCAUGCCCACUUCUUGAAGAUGAAUGCGGUGAGGGAGGGCAUGCGCGACUACCUGCGGGCAGUGCAAGAGGUGAGACGCAACAGCGCCCUCGGGGAGCCCGACGUGGUGGAGGCACUGACGAAGGCCGAGGAGGUGUUCAGCGACACCCUGUCUCAGCAGGCCAGGCAGGUGGCGUGGCUCUCCGCCGUCGUCUUCUCAAAGGAGAAGCAGGCGGACGUGUACUGGCUGCUGCGGGUGGUGCUCCUGACGCUGGAGGAGGCCUCCCACUCGGGCGCCGCAUUUGCCUUCGUGCCGGACUACUACGUCGAGUCGUGCAUCAAGCUGCUCACGUCGCUCAGCUUCUACUUCCCGCCCACCUGCAACCUCAGCGACAUCCCAGGUCACUACAACGUCCUGGUGCGGUAUAGCACGUUUCUGGCCCAGCACUUCGCGGACCCUAGGGUCACCAAUCCCGACAUGAAGGACGCGCUGCUGCGGGCUUUGGCGGCCCACGUCUGUCCCCCGUCCACCGUGAGGGCACUGGAGUGCAUGCCCACUGAAAGCUCCAUGGCCAUGAUACAGGCGCUGCUUCAGCCGUACAAGAACAGGCCGUGGGCACAGACCAACUGGAUCCUUAUGAGGCUCUGGAAGGGCUGCGGGUUCGCAUUCCGCUUCACGAUCGCUCCCCACCUAGUGCAGCGGAUGUCCUCCAAACCAGUGGAGUCUGCACUUCCAAGUCAUCCAGCGCCCUGCCCAUCGGUGUUCUUCCAAAACCACAUUGGGCGUUGGCUGGAGGACCACCCAGACCGUGCUGCCGCCUUCCUCGGCAGUGUCCUCACCCAGCUCAACUGGGCCUUCUCCCAGUUCAUCAGCAUGCUGCAGGAGAUCCAGAAUGCGCACUUCCGUCCGGAGCGGGUGUUCGUCGACACCCGUCAGCUGAAGAUCUGCGCCACCUGCUUCGACCUUUCCCUGGGACUGCUCAGGGUGGUCGAGAUGGUGGUCAACGUGGCACCCUCCCUCGUCACCCACCCCGGGAGGCCCCACUCAGACCUCCUCCUCGCCCGCAUAUGCCAGCUCGUGAGCCAGGUGCUGAACAGGGUGACCUCGCGGUGCGGCUGCUUCGACCUGGUGGUGGGCAUGGACGUGGCCGGGCUGGAGGCCGUCGACCACUUCCCCAUCGUGGCCGCGGUCACCGGGAUCCUGGUGGCGCUUUUGCUCAGGGGCUCCGUCGACAGUCGGGAGAAUGCUCUGUCGGUCCUGUUGGCCGAGCCGAGCUUCCAGCAGUCAUCCCUGGAGUUCCUCCUGGGCGGUGGAAGCAACGGAGCGGCCUCCUUGGAUGCGGAGGACUCCGCCGUUCCCAGCCCUCCGCUCUUCUCCCUGGCAAAUUACGCCGAGGUUAAGGAGGAGGAAGUGGAGCAGGUGCGUCAGCUGGUGCAGCUGGUGCAGGGGCGCCAGGUGCCGGCCACGCCGCUGGACGAGGACCAGCUCUGCACCAUCUGCUACGCCCAGGGAAACUCGGUGCGCUUCGUUCCCUGCGGACACCAGUCCUGCCAGCUCUGCAUCAUGACCCACCUGGUGAACAACCGGGAGUGCUUCUUCUGCAAAGCGCUCAUCGAGAAGCUUGACUCCCAGCGGCCACUACCACCCCACUGACGGCCAUCUGCUCGCGCAAGAGUCCCGUCGAUUGCAUCGUACGUGGUACGAGCGAAGGAAUGGCCACCGAUGCGACCCGGUGUGUCGGUAGCUGUCGUAUUUUGCGCAACCCGUCGGCGGAGGCCGCGGUUCUAAUCAAUUGUGUGUAUAUACGGUUUGUUUGGCCCGCGAUCUGAGUGCUUGAAAUGGCCACUUGCGGCCGUCUUGCGCGAAGAAGGGGAAAUGACGAUGCAAAGCAUAGGUAAAGAAAUACGCUGCUGUUUUCUUUAGUGUAUGGUCUAUGGCGUGGAAUGAAAUGGCGACAAAAUUCAAAAUAUUUUAACGCCCGCCGUAAAUACACACUACGAGCAUUCUUCGAGACUUGUCAAUAUUUAAAUGCGAGGGUAUAACGCCGCUUAUUUAUCUUUUGGAGGAAGAAAACUCGCAAACCCGGCGACUUCAAAUGGCAGCACUGCUGCGGAGGAAACAAAAAAACUUAGUAUUUACUGUGAACCCGGCAAUCGAGGAAACAAAACCAUUAUUUACGAGAAAAGGUACUACCCGAGUUCAGCGAGCGAGGCACCUCAAAUGGGCUGUUUAUUUUGUAUUUCCCGUUUUCCUGGUGCUAGGCACCUCACACGCUAAUCUUAAAUUUCAGUUCGAGUAACUCUAACCGACGUCCAGCAACAAGCUCGGAUGUCGCCGAAGCGCUCGCGUCGGGAGACGUGUCUCGGACAGAAGUGCCGCGGUUUCGUUUGUCCUCAAAUCUACUAGCCUCGGCUGUUGCGAAAGCACGAGAACAAACGAACGUAGAAAUGGGGCGAAACACACUAAGGUCUCGAACAGCCACUUGCUGAGGUGCGCCGACGUAGAGGGAAAGGGCGCACAUGGUCAACGGAGCUAGGUUCAGGGCCUUUGCGUGUUUCGGCCCGUGUCUGCGUUUUCUCAACCUCCAGCUCUCCAAGCGUCGAAGGUCGAUUAAUUAGGCCGAGCCUCCAAGUGGCUUUUGUUGGAGAGACCUCAUGACGUGAUGCCGCAAUAAAAGAAGUCCCUCUUCGCACCAGUC